GGUGGCGGUGGCAGCGGGUCUCCAGGCGCUGCUGCUGCUGCUGCUGCUGCAGGUAGUGUUGCUGCUGCUCCUGCUCCUAUAGCAGGUGUUGCUGUAGCAGCACCAGCACCUGCAGGUGCUGGUGUCCCCCCCGCCCCCUCGCCAGCGCUGUUGCUCCCCGCGGUGGAGCAGCUGCGUGCGCUGGACCCGGAGGCGGCUGCGGUGGUGGCGGGGGAGCUGCCCAGACUCACGGGGCAGCUGAGGGGGGCCAAUGAGCCGACGCUGUGGGCAUUUGCAGCGGGCGGCGGAGCGGCGUGCUACGCGGUGGCCUACUGCCGGGAUGGCGCCGGCUACGGAGACCCCUACAGCCCCGCCCGGGUCCUCUUCGUGCCGCCCGCCGCCCCAUCCGCUGCGGAUGCAUUGGGUAACGUGGGAGGUAGCGGGGGUGGAGGUGGAGGUGCGGGUCAGGUGCAGCGGCGGCGGCGCGCGGUGUCCAUGUCCCCCCGCAAAUGGUACCACACGCAUGGCGGGGAGGGGGCGCGGCUGGGGCCGUGGCAGGGGGCGGUGGAGGUGGCGCUGCUGCCCAGCCAGCUCACCCCCUCCUACCUGAAGGCUCGUGUGGCCUCAGGUCUGCGCUGGGUGCGCUAUCCCGACUGGUGGGCCGCCUAUGCAACCCCGGGGGGCGAGGACCCCGCCGCCGCUGCUGCUACUGCCGCCGCCGCCGCUGCCCAGCCGGCUCCUGCCCGUCGAGCCCCCUUGGUCGCCACCGACGCCGGCGGCGGCGGCGGCAGCGGCGGCGGCGGAGGAGCGGUCCGGCCUGCUGCCCCUGUCCCUGCACCUGUCGCUGCUGCUGGCGCUGCUAGCGGCAGUGGCGGCAGCGGCUCCUCCGCCGCCUCCGCCUCCGCUGCGGCCUCCUCGUUGCUCCCCCCCAGCGUGCAGGCCGCUCUGAGGGUGCUGCUGGAGAACCCCACCGGCAGGGAGGCACGCCAGCUGGCGGCUCGACCCGCGGCAGCAGCAGCAGGAGGAGGAGGAGGAGAAGGAGGAGGAGGAGGCAGCCGGAAGGCGCCAGACACGGAUCCGGUGUUGGUGCGGGUGCGCUGCUCACGCACGCGCGAGGAGUUCCGCUACGGCAUCGCCUACUGCCCGCCCGGCGCCAAACACGGAGACGGCGGUCGGGGCAUGGAGACCGGCGUGCGCAUCAUCUACCUCGCCCAGUCGCCACCGGAGGGCGCAGCAGCCGCAGCAGGGCCGAGUGGGAGCAGCGGCGGCGGGGGAGGCGGUGCUGCUGGGGGUGCUGGUGUGGCUUUAGAGGUGCUGACGCCGACUAUCUUUUGUCAGAGGGCUGCUGCGGGGGCGCAGGGCAGCUACUCGUGGCGCAUGUGGGUGCAGGUGCUGCAGGAGGCGGCGGAGGGGGAGCAGGAGAAGGAGAAGGAGGGGGCGGGAGACGGCAGUGGCGGCGGGGAGGAGGGUCAGGCCCAGGGCCGCUCCUCCCACUGGCGAUCCUACGGCGAGUGGGCGGCGGAGCUGCGGGCGCGGCGAGCAGCUGCAACAGCCACCUGAGGUGAGGGCAGCAGCGGCCACCUGAGGUGAGGGCAGCAGCGGCCACCUGAGGUGAGGGCAGCAGCGGCCACCUGAGGUGAGGG